AUGACACAGGCUUGGGACGGCGCGGCUCUCCCUCGCCUGGGCUGGCCCCUCUCCACCGCCCAGGAAGCGGGGAAGGAGUGCGGGCCCCCACCCCAUCUAAGAAUGUCUGGUCCCCAGGCCUCAUGCCGGGCACAGGGGACCUCGGUCGGCACUCAAGUUCCUUCCCCUGUAGUACAGAAGGAAGACCACAUAGGCAGUGCCAAUACAGAGUGCCAAGUGUCACGCGGUCAGCACACCAGUUUCUUCCUGACCAAAGAGCAGAGCCACGCCCAGAUGAAUGAAUUUUCCUGGAAGGAUGUUGCCAGUGCCUUGUCCGUGGCCAACAUGAUCCUGGGGCUCUUAUCCAUCUUCUGCAGUUUCUGCAAGAAGUCCCCCUGUGCCUCCUGGAUGCUUCUGGUCAGCUUUCUAUUAGACAUGGCUAUCGGGGCAAUGACGAGACACCUCAACAUCUGCUCCACAUCAGGAGCCAAGCUGAAUGACUUUGCUGUCUUCACCACCUUUGGCCUGGCCUCAGCCCUGCUUCUAGGCAUGGAUGGGCCUCUGAAUGGCUUCCUGGCCAUCAUCUAUGUGUUGGCUAUUUCAGUCCGCCUCUGUUUCUAUUCAGCUGGCGUUCCCUUCACAUACAAGGGUCUACCCUGCCCCUAUGCUUCCUGUGUUUUGGCCUCCACCUCCCUCCUGACCAAAGGCAACACAUUCAUUCUCUCUUGCAUGGCCACAUUCAUGAUUCUAUUCAUGAUGGACGAGAGCUACUACCCACAUGACGAAAUCCUGGAGUCUGAGAACUGGAAAAAAAUGGUCUAUCUGGGAGGUGUCAUCAUGGUGUUUUUGUCUCCAUUGUCACUAACUGCUUUUUACUGCCUGAUGUGGUCACUCUCCUACAUCUUCUUUCCAGAUGCUCUGUGGCACAAGGCAGCACAUCUUAAGCAGCAGCACCGAAGACACUAAACAGCCUUACGCACUCCCGCUGGCCUCUGUGGGGUUUCUGCCAGCAUGUUGGGCCAAGCCUCGCCUUACCCUUACUAAAUGUUUCCUUGUCCCUAUGUUGUGUAUGUGCUAGAUACAUGUUGCCUUGAACCACAGCAACCCACAGUAGGGCCAGCGGCCUAUAUACUUCUUCCUCUUUAUUCAGGGUUCUGAAUCUCUUGGGGACGAGUUGUUUAUGUCAUACAGAACAGAAUUUUUUCCAAGAUAAAUUUGGGCUGGGCUUGAGUUCCAUCCCUGUUACCAGCUGGGUGAACUUGUGCACUCAGGUUAGUCCCUUGGAAAUGAGUGAAACCUUUCAGAGUUGGUCUAGCCUCCACCUUGGUCCUGCCUGAAUGUAAUUACUCCAGUGGUGAGGUGGGGCUUACUAACGCAUUUCUUAAAUUUACAGACUCUGGCUCUGUAGCGCGGAGCUGAUAGCAGCCAAUCACAUUGCCCAAUUUGUGUGUAGGAUUUUGUAACUUAAAAUUCCAUAUUUCCACAAUCAAAGCUUCUGCCUUUUGCUUUGUUUAGAGAUUAGACACAUUGGCAUCCUGAGGCCAUCGUCUGGUCUCCAGGAUCUCAGUAUGUGUUCUUUUCCUAAGCUCUAAAAUACUAAACUCUAGAUAUUCAAAGGGCACUUCAUAUUCUAAAAUCCAAAUUGAAUAGAAAUAAAAUUGUAUGCAGCCCUAAAGCGGCACCUCACAAAGAACUGAGGCCCACUGAAAGCCAUGCCCCCGGCACUGCCUCUGGACUUUCCAUCUCCAGAUGGUGAACCAGAUUAUUGGCUUAGUUCCGCCCCUUCCUCAACUAGGGCACCAGAGCACCUUUACCUCGGGUCUGACUUCUUUUGCUUUUCUUUUUUUUUUUUUUU